UUUUAUAUUUUUAGACUUAAAAUUAUAAUUUACAAAUUAUAGAAUGAAAUAUUAGUCUGACAACCUUGUUUACCCGUUAAACAUACAUACUAGCAAUAUGGAAUAUGAGGUACUAUGUAUUCAUAAUACAAAAAUAUAGCAUUUGAUUUCAGACGCCAAGGUUCUUCUACUCGAUUUCAUUCAUAUUUCUUAUCAGCAGCCUAUAAAAGCUGUACGAGGAUGUCAACUAGAUUGCACUACUUUUUUGCACCCACAAGAUGCAGUUGCUAGCUUUGAUACUAUUGCCAAUCCUGGCCAGCUUGGUUCACGGUCGACCCACCUUUGGAGGCUAUCCGCACCCAGGACCGGGACCACUUAUUCAAGAGGCGUUCGAACACGGCUAUGAUUACCACUAUGGAGGCGCUUAUGGCUAUCAGCAUGGAACACCAGCAGUGAGCUUUGGCUACUAUCCUCCACCGCAACCAGUGCAUCCCCCCAUUAGUUAUUAUCCGCCACCGCAGCCUGCUCCUGCAUACUACUCUCCGCCAGUGGUCUCUCCUAAGGCAACUGUCUCUUAUCCCCACAAGUCGAAGGAAUAUUACGGAGCAUCCUCGUCGUCCGGAGGCUACAAACAGAGCGGUUACUAGAAAACAUGUACUUUAUAUUUUGUUUUAAAUAUUUAUUAAAUUGAUAUUGCUUCAAGUAA